AUGGAGGCUGCCAGAUUUGUUUACCUCUCGUCUGAAAUCUCGUCUCUCAAAGUCAUCAACCACUCCUGCCCGGACACGAUCGACGAGCGCGCCAUCAACACUCGCAACCUGACCCUCUACACGAAGCACGAGAACCUGACGCUGGCCCUGUCCUCGGCUCAGGCCAUCGGCUGCAACGUGGUCAACAUCGACGCCCACGACUUGGCGAAAGGCAAGCCCCACCUCGUCCUCGGGCUGCUGUGGCAGAUCAUCCGCAUCGGCCUGUUCAACCAGAUCACCCUCGAGCACUGCCCCGGCCUCGCCAACCUGCUCGAGGAAGGGGAGAAGAUCGAGGAGCUGAUGAAGAUGUCGCCCGAGGCCAUCCUCCUGCGAUGGGUCAACCACCACCUGGAGAGGGCAGGGGUUAACAGACGUUGCACGAACUUCAUGGGCGACAUUAAGGACUCGGAGAUCUACUCGCACUUGCUCAAGCAGAUCGCCCCCAACGAGGCCGGCGUCACGCUCGAGGCCCUCACGGCACAGGACCUCAUCUCCCGCGCCGAGAUCAUGCUCCAGCAGGCCGAGAAGCUAGGCUGCCGCAGCUUCGUCACGCCGCAGGACGUGGUGGAGGGCGUCUACAAGCUCAACGUGGCCUUCGUCGCUAACCUCUUCAACAACCACCCGGGACUCGACAAACCCGAGGCCAUCGACCUGGAGGGGAUUGACCACAUCGAGGAGACCAGGGAGGAGAAGACCUACAGGAAUUGGAUGAACAGCAUGGGCGUCAAUCCGCACGUCAACUGGCUCUACUCCGAUCUCGCUGAUGGAAUUAUUAUCUUCCAACUGUACGACAUCAUCCGUCCCGGAAUUGUGGACUGGAAGAGGGUGCACACGAAAUUCAGCAAACUCAAGCGCUUCAUGGAGAAGCUGGAGAACUGCAACUACGCCGUCGAGCUGGGCCGCACGCUCAAGUUCUCGCUGGUGGGCAUCGCGGGGCAGGACCUGGCGGACGGCAACCCGACGCUGACUUUGGCUCUGAUCUGGCAGCUGAUGCGCGCCUACACCCUGUCCAUCCUCACGCAACUGGCCGACUCGGGCUCUCCGAUCGUCGAGGCCGAGAUCAUCACGUACGUCAACACGAAGCUCCAGCAGGCGGGCAAGAAGACGUCGAUCCGGAGCUUCCAGGACUCGAGCCUGAGAGACGCGAUGGCCGUAAUCGAUCUGGUCGACGCCAUCAACCCGGGGACGGUGAAUUACGAGAACGUCAAGACGGGCGGGCAGGAGGAGGACAACAUCGCCAACGCCAAGUACGCGAUCUCCAUGGCACGGAAGAUCGGCGCCCGCAUCUACGCCCUGCCCGAGGACAUCACGGAAGUCAAGCCGAAGAUGAUCAUGACGGUGUUCGCCUGUCUCAUGGCGCGUGACUAUAUCCCUAACAUGGAUGCGAAGAAGAACUAAGGAGGGAGGAGGAAGAGAGAGAGGAAGAGGAAGAGAGGAAGGAAGGAGGAGGAAGAGAGAGAGGAAGAGAGGAAGAGAAGGAGGAAGAAGAACUAAGGAGGGAGGAGAGAGAGAGAGGAAGGAAGAGAGGAGGAAGAGAGGAAGAGAAGAGAGGAAGAAGGAAGGAAGGAAGGAAGAGGGAGAGAAGGAAGAGAACAGGAUAAGGAGGAAGAGGAGGAGGAAGGAGGAGAGGAAGAGGAAAGAGAACAGGUAGAGGAAAAAAAAAAAACGAGGAGGAGGAGGAGGAGAGAAAGAGAGAAAGAGGGAGAAGAGGAGGAGAGGAGAAAGAAUGCCAUAAGGAAUGGAAGAGGGAGGAAGGAAAGGCAGAGAAGGAGAGGAAGAUAAGUAGAUGGAUAAAAAAAGGAACAAAAAGUAAGAGGGAGAGGGGGAGAAAGGGGGGAGAGAGAGAGAGAGAGAGAGAGAGAGAGAGAGAGAGAGAGAGAGAGAGAGAGAGAGAGAGAGAGAGAGAGAGAG